UCAAGUUUCGGUUUUGUUACGUCAUUAUGUGCGACCCCUUGCGCACAAGGUUUGUAGCGCAGCGAGUUUAGUACACAUCCGUGUGCGCCGUCAACGCUCCGUACCGUCUUUUAAAUCAUGAAACGCGGAUUGUUCACCAUAAUUGGGGUCGCAGCUGGGGCAGUUGGUACGGUUGCACUGGCCCCGGUGGCCCUCACCAUGGCUGGAUUCACAUCUGCUGGUAUAGCAGGAGGUUCUCUGGCUGCCAGCAUGAUGUCAUCCGCUGCCAUCGCCAACGGUGGCGGUGUGGCCGCGGGAAGUUUGGUCGCUGUGCUCCAGUCUGCAGGUGCUGCUGGACUGUCUACAUGUGCGACAGCAGUCGUGGCGUCUGUGGGUGGAGCAGCAGGUGCUGUAAUAGGUGGAGCUGCAGAUUUGUUCUCUCGUUCCAAGGGUCCACCUUCACAUGAUGAUGAUGAUGAUGAUAAUGAUGAUGAUGAUGGAUGUGAAGAAGAGGAAGAGACAGAGAUAAAUUUGCUGGAGAUGAAAGAGCUUGUGCCAAAAUAAAAACUUCUGUAUUUGUGUGCAUGUGCAAUUAAAAUAUACUGUGAUUGAAUAUAACAUUUCUUUUUAUCAAGAUAUUUUGUGUUUUGUAAAAUACCAGGGUAUCAGCUUUUGGUAUAAAAGCAAGAGAAUGUAAUUAAAAUGAUUUGUGUCUUUGAAUAUCAUACAGAAUUUGGAUUUGUUUGAUAUUUAAAGCUGGCCUUACUGAUACUAUUACUUUUCUAUAUUGCAUUAAAGCUGCUUUUGAAAUGA